CUCCUGCUGGGUUUCCUCUUGCCUUUUCCUGUCCCCCACACAGUGCUGGGGGCUGGGACAGAGGCAAAGGCUUUACAAGAACAAAGGGAUCAGGAACUGACCCAGGACAUCAGAGCCAGGCCAGAGCUGCUGCAGGGGCCAGGCUACCUGGUGAAAGGAAGGAGGGCAGAAGCACCCGCCCCCUUUGGAAAGCUGGCUCUCCUGUGUGCCUGUGGCUCCUUCCUGCCACCAAGCACUGGCCAUCUGGCCACCCCUGCCUCUGUCAUGUCUUCAUCUUCGGACACUGGGAACCACAUCAGCGAACCACUGUAACCGCCCGCCGCACGUGGAACUGUGGCGAGUGGGCGCCUUGAAGGCCAUCGGGGGAGCCUCGGGGGAGCCUCGGGGACCCGCGUCAAGCACAUCUCGCAGCUCUUUCUGGGACACGGGAACGCGGACCGAGGGAUCCGGUGACACUGGAGGAACCGACAUCCCGGAGCCAGUGAGAUCAAGCUCCUAGAGCUGCAGCGGGCGGGGUCCCGGAGCCCGUACUGGGGUCUCACGUCACGGUGCCCCCGGGGUCCACAAGAUCGUUGGUGCGGGCCUGGAGUCAGGUGCCAAAUAUAAAGGCGUGCUGACCACCGCGCGCCCCAUCAUGCUGGAGUUGGUGGCUGAAGCGCUGGAGCGCUAUUGGCUGGCCAGGAGUCCUGGCAGCGGCCUAAGUAAGAGAAGCUACACGGACGCCUUCACGAUAAGCACCCCGCUGGCGCGACCGGCCGCCGCGGGCAUGGACCACGGCAAGUGGUGGGCGGAGCACCUACAUCUGAUGGAGGACCUGGAGGGCCCACUGCUGGUGGAGGAGCUGUGCCCGGCCCGGUCCGGCUGGGCGCGGCGUUUCCAGAUGCGUGGCCGCGAGGAAGCGCGCCGCCUGGAGCAGGAGGCUUUCGGGGCCGCCGACAACGAUGAUAACAGCACACUGGAAAAGACAUCCCGGAGUUUCCUGAAGGAGCUGAAACGCAUCACAGACAGCAAUGUAAGAGGGGAGAAAUUUGUGAAGCAGCUAUACCAGAUGUUGAACAAGGAAAAGGCAAAAUUUGCCCAGCAUGCUGCUCAGUUUCAGAAGGAGGCUUAUUGUCCCAACAAAUGUGGCGUCAUGAUGCAGUAUCUGACAUAUUGCCCAGAAUGUAACUCGGGGAUUUACCUUUGUUGGAAGUCCCUGGACUGUGGGGACCGGCAGAUGAAAGUCCGUGAAAAGAGAAAUCUGACCUUGAACUGCCUGCUCAAGUGGCAUCGUUUUUCUGUAGGCCUCACGGACUACCAAUUUUUCAGGGAUAUGGAGAACGGUGGUGAGACCCUGCUGUACAAGGGGAAGAACCCUAUCCUGAUCAUUCCCUCAGUGACUUCAGAUGAUACUGGCUUGUACCGCUGUGAACUGGGUACCGUGAGCUCUGGCCCAGCCACAAUCAUCCGUUACCAUGUCACAGUUUUGUCCCCAAAUGCUACAGAAGAGUCAACAACAACAAACUUGGAAACUGGUGAUGAGACAGCCCCACAGGUCCAGGCGGAGACAGCAGCACUCCAGGGUGAGACAGCCCCACAGGUCCAGGCUGAAACGGCCCCACUCCAGGGUGAGACGGCCCCACAGGUCCAGGCGGAGACAGCAACACUCCAGGGUGAGACGGCCCCACAGGUCCAGGCUGAAACAGCCCCACUCCAGGGUGAGACCAGCCCAUCCCAGGGUGAUACAGCCUCAGCUGUGCAAGGUGAGACGGGCCCACCGGUCCAGGCUGAGACAGGCCCAACGGUCCAGGGUGAUACGACCUCUCUGGUCCAGGGUGAGACCACCCAGACAGUCCAGGGUGAGAUGGUCCCACCUAUCCAGGAUGAGAUGGCCUCUCCAGUCCAGGGUGAGAUGACCCCAACUCAGGGGGAAACAGCCCCAGUCCAAGGUGAGACGGCUCCACCUGGCCAGGUUGAAACGGCCUCACCCCAGGAUGAGACGGCUCCGGGCCAGGGUGAGACAGCCCUACUUGUGGGUGAGACGGCCCCACUCCUGGGGGACAUGGCCCCACUUGAGGAGGCCUCGGUUCGCCCAAACUCAGCAGAUGUGGAAACAUCGUCUGCGACCGUCCAGCCUUCGCAGGCCGAGAGUAUGCUGCAUGGCCCCCUCAUUGGGCUGCUGAUCUGUUCCUCUGUAGCCCUGAUAGCAGCCCUGGGUGUCAGAAUCAAGAAACAGGGCAGGGCCUGCCCUACCCAGAUCUCCUCCCCUGGCCUGGUCUCCUCACAGGACGCCCCCUCCCAGCUCUUCCUGCCGGGUUUCCUCUUGCCUUUUCCUGUCCCCCACCCAGUGCUGGGAGCUGGGACAGAGGCAAGCCUUUACAAAAGCAGAGGCACCGGGACCAAACGGCAGGCCGACAGACCCAGGCCCUCCGGGUGCUGCGGGACCUGCAAAGGGGCCAUGCUAUCUGGUGAAAGGAAGGAGGGCGGAAGCCCCCGCUUUGGAAAACUUCAUCUCCCUGUGGGCCUGUGGAUCAAUUCCCCCCGGAAACAACUAGCCAAGCUAGGACGGCGUUGGCCCAGCGCUGCCUCUGUCAAGUCUUCGUCUUCGGACACAGGGAGCCGAAGCAGUGAGCCACUACCACCGCCCCCGCCGCACGUGGAACUACGGCGAGUAGGCGCGGUAAAGGCAGCCGGGGGAGCCUCCGGGAGCCGUGCCAAACGCAUCUCCCAGCUCUUCCGGGGCGCGGGAACCGGGACCACCGGAUCCGGCGGCGCUGGAGGAACGGGGACUCCAGGAGGCGCACAGCGCUGGGCCAGCGAGAAGAAGCUGCCGGAGUUGGCAGCAGGCGUGGCCCCGGAGCCACCACUGGCUUCCCGCGCCACGGCACCCCCGGGGGUUCUGAAGAUCUUUGGCGCGGGCCUGGCGUCGGGUGCCAACUACAAGAGCGUGCUGGCCACCGCGCGCUCCACCGCGCGGGAGUUGGUGGCUGAAGCGCUGGAGCGCUAUGGGCUGGCCAGCAGCCCUGGUAGCGGCCCAGGCGAGAGCAGCGGCGUGGAUGCCUUCGCACUGUGCGACGCGCUGGGCCGACAGGCCGUGGCCGGCGUGGGCAGCGGCGAGUGGCGGGCGGAGCACCUGCGUGUGCUGGGCGAUUCGGAGCGCCCACUGCUGGUGCAGGAGCUGUGGCGGGCACGGCCCGGCUGGGCGCGGCGCUUCGAGCUCCGCGGCCGCGAGGAGGCGCGCCGGCUGGAGCAGGAGGCCUUCGGGGCCGGCGACAGCGAUGGCACGGGCGCCCCCUCGUGGCGGCCACAGAAGAAUCGUUCCCGGGCAGCCUCUGGUGGGGCUGCGCUGGCCAGUCCUAGUCCAGGGUCCGGAUCAGGGGCCCCUGCUGGAUCCGGGGGCAAAGAGCGCUCGGAGAAUUUGUCCUUGCGGCGCAGCGUGUCAGAGCUGAGCCUGCAGGGUCGGAGGAGGCGGCAGCAGGAACGCAGGCAGCAGGCAGUUAGCAUGGCCCCAGGGGCAGCUGAUACUCAAAUAGUACCUGCAGACCCCGGGGAUUUCGAUCAGUUGACUCAGUGCCUCAUCCAGGCCCCCAGCAAUCGCCCCUACUUCCUACUGCUCCAGGGCUAUCAGGAUGCCCAGGACUUCGUGGUGUAUGUGAUGACACGGGAGCAACACGUUUUCGGUCGAGGCGGGACCUCGUCUUCCCGCUGUGGGUCCCCGGCCCCCUAUGUGGACACUUUCCUCAAUGCCCCCGACAUAUUGCCUCGCCACUGCACAGUUCGUGCGGGCCCUGAGCCCCCAGCCAUGGUGCGCCCUGCCCGUGGAGCUCCAGUUAUGCACAACGGGUGCCUCCUGCUGCGGGAGGCCGAGCUGCACCCAGGCGACCUACUCGGGCUGGGCGAGCACUUCCUGUUCAUGUACAAGGACCCCCGCACUGGGGGUUCGGGGCCGGCAAGGCCUCCCUGGCUUCCUGCUCGUCCCGGGGCCACACCCCCAGGGCCCGGCUGGGCCUUCUCCUGCCGCUUGUGUGGCCGAGGUCUGCAAGAGCGGGGCGAGGCUCUGGCGGCCUACCUGGACGGUCGGGAGCCGGUGCUGCGCUUCCGGCCUCGCGAGGAGGAAGCACUGCUGGGUGAGAUCGUGCGCGCAGCGGCCUCCGGCGCGGGAGAGCUGCCACCCCUGGGGCCGGCCACACUGCUGGCGCUCUGCGUGCAGCACUCUGCCCGAGAGCUGGAGCUGGGUCACCUGCCGCGCCUGCUGGGCCGCCUGGCUCGGCUCAUCAAGGAGGCUGUCUGGGAAAAAAUUAAGGAAAUUGGAGACCGUCAGCCAGAGAACCACCCUGAGGGGGUCCCUGAGGUGCCCCUGACUCCAGAGGCUGUAUCUGUGGAGCUGCGGCCACUCAUGCUGUGGAUGGCCAACACCACUGAGCUGCUGAGCUUUGUGCAGGAGAAGGUGCUGGAAAUGGAGAAGGAGGCUGAUCAGGAGGGCCUAUCCUCAGACCCACAGCUCUGCAAUGACUUGGAAUUAUGUGAUGAGGCCAUGGCCCUCCUGGAUGAGGUCAUCAUGUGUACCUUCCAGCAGUCUGUCUACUACCUCACGAAGACUCUUUAUUCAACACUGCCUGCUCUCCUGGACAGCAACCCUUUCACAGCUGGGGCUGAGCUGCCUGGACCUGGUGCGGAUCUGGGGGCCAUGCCUCCAGGGUUGAGACCUACACUGGGCGUGUUCCAGGCAGCCCUGGAAUUGACCAGCCAGUGCGAGCUGCACCCAGAUCUUGUGUCUCAGACUUUUGGCUAUUUGUUUUUCUUCUCCAAUGCAUCCCUUCUCAACUCACUGAUGGAACGAGGUCAAGGCAGACCUUUCUAUCAGUGGUCCCGAGCUGUCCAAAUCCGAACCAACCUGGAUCUUGUCUUGGAUUGGCUUCAGGGGGCUGGGCUAGGUGACAUCGCUACUGAGUUCUUCCGGAAACUCUCCAUUGCUGUGAAUCUGCUCUGUGUGCCCCGCACAUCACUGCUUAAGGCUUCAUGGAGCAGCCUACGAACUGACCACUCCACCCUGACGCCCGCUCAGCUCCACCAUCUGCUUAGCCACUACCAGCUGGGUCCUGGCCGUGGGCCACCACCAGCCUGGGACCCUCCCCCGGCAGAGCGCGAUGCUGUGGACACAGGGGACAUCUUUGAAAGCUUCUCCUCUCACCCUCCUCUCAUCCUGCCCCUGGGCAGCUCGCGCCUGCGCCUCACAGGUCCAGUGACAGACGACGCCCUGCACCGUGAACUGCGCAGGCUCCGUCGCCUCCUUUGGGAUCUUGAGCAGCAGGAGUUGCCAGCCAAUCACCGCCACGGGCCUCCUGUGGCUACGCCUCCUUGAAGACCAAUAGCAAAGGAGCGCGCGAACCUUGAAAAAUUCAUGGGCUUUUACUCACUGGAUACAGCCUGAACGAAGAGCUUUCUGGGAGUUGUAGUUCUUGUUCCCGCGCGGAACGCUGGGAGUUUGAAUUUUUGGGUAGUAAGAGGAUGAGACGGUGGGAAGAUGGGCUUGGGAUGUUAGUGCCAAGGAGCA